CCGACCCUCACCACUUUUCCCACUCACUGUAUCAUAGGGAAAAGUAUGCUGACUUUAGCAUAAGAAAUAAUAAUAAGAUAAAUAAAUUGAAAGGCAUCUGUGUGAAUGUCCGUUUAUUUAACAUCUACAGUAUUUGAAAAUUGCCGAGUUCUCUGACAAAGUUUGGAUUUUAUUAAUCUCAAAUUUGAAGUGACAACUUGGAUAUUUUUCAAAAAAUAAACAGUAAGAAAACAGAAAAGAAUGCCAGCAAGUUCUUAAACUAUCAGCAUGGAGAAAUUGAUUCUACAAGCUUGUAUUCUCAUCAGUGUUGUAUUGUACACUGGUGCAGACGCAAAUUGCCCAAACGGCUGCUCAGCAUGUAGUGACGGGCGACUUCAGUGCCCCGGGGCGGGACUAAAUGCCUUACCUUCCCCUAUCCCACCAGACACAUUUUACAUUGAUCUUACCCAAAAUAACAUCGGCUCGCUGCAAAAAAUCCCCGAUUUACCAGAACUGCAGUCAUUUCGGAUGUCAUUAAAUGAUCUGCGCGUAAUCAAGGGAGGCGACUUUGAAGGUGCCACUUCUCUUAUGAGCCUCGAUUUAUCUAUGAACUCAAUAUCUAAGGUGUACAAACACGGAUUCCGUGGUCUAGAAAAUGUUGAAACAAUAUCUCUAAAUGGAAAUAAAAUUACAGAAAUCGGACAAAUCUUGAGAAAUACGCCUGCCCUGAAAACAUUACGACUCGGAAACAACGAGAUUGAGGUUAUAACAGAAAACGAUUUUGAGAAAAACAAUAUGAUCAAGAUGCUGGAUCUUAGCCACAAUAAAAUAAUGAGUAUCCAUGGAAACGCUUUCAAAAAUAUGGACAUGUUGCGCUACCUUAUUCUUAGUAACAAUCCAAUCACAUCACUGCCAGAUCUGACAUUCAGCAGUACUAUGCUGUCAUUGGCCGAUUUCUCAAACUGUCAGUUGGAAAAUGUGCCUCGUACUAUGCCACCGUCUUUGACUGACUAUCGCCUCGGUAACAAUCUUAUCACAUCAAUCAAUGAUGACGACUUUAACAACAUCACACAGCUUAAUCUUCUCACGCUUAACGACAACAAAAUCAACUUUAUUGCACAUCGGUCUUUUGGGAAUCUUGAGAACCUGAAGGAACUUUGGUUGAGCAGAAACGACAUGGUGUAUAUACCGAGAGGGCUCCCUCAAGGACUGAUAAAACUGUUCAUAGAUAACAACCAAGUUGUCGAGCUUGAACCAAUGUUGUUCAAAGAAGACUCUAAGCUUAAAGAACUGUCUCUUGAACAAAACAAAGUGAGAAAAGUGCAUCAAGAUUCAUUAAAAUAUCUCAACGACCUUGAGAAGCUUAACCUCCAAGGAAACCAAAUCUCUUUGAUAGAUGUCGGGACAUUUACAAAUCUUCCCAAGUUAGAGAUGCUCACUCUGACAGACAAUCCAAUCCAAGUUUUUGAACAAGGAGCUUUUGCAGGAUUAGACAGUCUUAAUCACCUUUCAAUGGCUUUAAUAGAUGGAAAAACUUCAAGUACUGACAAAAUUCUACAUGAAAACUUUCUUACAACUAUGCCAAAUUUGACAACUGUGAACCUUAUGAGUAGUGUUGGGCUCACAAAAGCUUUUCUUGAUAUAUUUGCAAAGUCUACAGACAACACCUUCGAAAAUAUCAAGAAAGUCAAUCUAGAGUAUAACGAACUAACAACCUUACCAGAAACUGUCCAAACCAUCUUUCCGAACAUAAAACAACUUCUUCUGGAUGGUAAUCUUCUACAUUGUGAUACCAAAUUACUAUGGUUACGAGCAUGGAUGCAGACGACAACUACUGUUUCCUUUCACCAGUAUGAGCAGCCAACAUGUAACACACCUGAUGCAGUUAACGGAAGACUGAUCUCUGAAUUAUCGCCAACAGACUUCAAAGAUGUACCACUUCAGCAGCGGAUAAAUUCUAACGUGCAACAAUCAACAGAAACAGAAGUUUCCGAACAACCAAGUAGUUCUGUAUCUAGGAACACUGCACCUCAGUCACAUGACCAGGAUACUCCUCAAAAUAAUGGCAACAAUGCUCAAUCGAGCCGACAGCCAUCAUCAACCGGUGGCGUUCGUGUCAUCAUCAAACCACCAAGAAAUCAACAGACAUCAAACCCUUCAAAAGUCAGUGCAGACAAAAAGCAAAUGACCAAGGCUGAACGAAAAGCUGCAAGGAAAGCUGAGAGAGAACGUAAACGAAAAAUGAAGGAAGAGCGGCGAAGACAAAGAAGGUUAAGCCAGAAGGAUAAGGAUGCAAAAAGGAAGAAAAGAAGGAUUCACAAAAAGAAAGGUCAACGCUGCAAAGUUGACAAGGAUGGGAACAUGAAAUGUGUGAGAAGGAAGAGAUGCAAGGUUGACGAUCAAGGAAAUGUGGUCUGCCGAAAACGUAAGGGCAAGGGCAACAAAGACAAACAGAAGCAGUAAGAUCGAAACUGUUUUAAGGUUGUAAUCUUUAUAGUGUGAAAAAAACACAAACAGUGAAAUAUUCACUAUAUUCAAUAUAUAAAAGUGAACAAUAAAAAAGAUGCUAUAUUAAUAUAACAUUUAUUGCAUUGGUGCUUGCUGAAUGAGAAAAUAAUCUCUCUGUUUACAAGUGGAAGGAAAGUGAACAGUUUUUGUUAUAAUAUCACAUCUAUUAUUCUAAGUGACAAUUAAUAGCUGAACUUGAAAUAAAAGUUUAAAUUCAA